UCGAACACACAUGGAUGUCUGAUUCUAGCGUCCUAAGACACUUUCCAUUCAUCCAUUUUCCAAAUUUGUCUUCUCUCUCCUUUUCAAACAGAUGAACCUCCAUUUGUAUAGCGUGUGUUAGUAGGUUAUUUCACCCCCGAUUGGAUCAGCCUGUUUCACGCUAAUUUAUCUAUGAUCCUUUUGAUUUUAUGAAUACGUAUAAUUACUACUUAAUUUUGCGGCUAUUCCGCGUUGACUUGCAAAGACCCACUUCAGAACCCGACCCGAGAAAUGAUUUCAGUCAGUGCCCUAAGUUAACAUGAACGAAACUUUUAAUUGACACACGGAACCUGUUGCUCGGAAGAAAACAUCUAUGAAACGGUGGAGCAUUUUUUUUUUCUUUUUUCUUUUUUCCGGACACGUUUUCUUCUUCCAGCGCCCUCUAACACGCUGCAUCGCCUCCCUCUGUGCUUAUCCCGAGCUGGACUGCGGAGACUGAGGUCCGUCUCGUCCACAUCCACCUGCGUGCUACCGCAAGCACAGCAGUUUAGUCAGCUUGUCCUAACUGCACCCCGGGACAGAUGCCAAUUUAACAUUCCCCCCAAAAAAUAACCACUGCCUUCCCUUUCCACUGUAUUGGUUAAAAUCAUCGCUUUUUAUUGCGAUAGGUAGCUUUCCAAGUAGCAAAGUUGCCCACAAUGGACUCUAAGCGAGAUAAAGACCAAGAUACAGACUAUGAGAAGAUAACUGCUGUGCUGCUCAAGUCACGUACCGGAGAAUUCGAUUUGGAGUCAAUACUCUUUCUCAAAUUGAGAGGUCUUGGCAUACAUGAUCUUGGAUGCAUUGGGGAGUGUAUAAAUUUAGAGAGACUGGACCUCUCUGGAAACAAUAUCACAAAUUUGGCUCCUUUAGCAUCUCUUCGGCUUAUUUCUGUACUCAAUUUGUCUGCCAACCGGAUUUCCAAUUUAGAGCCACUGCACAGUUGUGACAGUUUACAGAACUUAAACGUGGCUGGUAAUAUCAUAUCCAGUAUCGAGAGCCUUCAUUGUCUUCAGUCUUUGAGGAAGCUGGAAAAUAUACGUUUUAAAGACAACACUUACAAUUACACUAAUCCAGUGUGCAGAAACGCAUCAUAUAGAACCAUAGUUCUAGAGAUGUUUCCCAACAUUAAGGUGCUGGAUGGUGAAAGAGUGGUCGGACGUGGGAGUGACUUGUACCAGUUAUGCAAAGACAUUGAUGAUACCAUCAAAGCUGGUUUAUACAAGAAUGGACAGCUUAUUGAACACCCUGAUUGCAAGCCGUGGGUGGAAGAUAGUUACUGGGAGAUAAAGAGAUCAAACAAUGCCAUAAUUGAAGAAGCCUAUAAACAGUUCAAUGAUGUUCUUCAUGAAUGCAGACUCCUCAACAACAGAGCCACUCACGUAAUUUCACAAACCGAGAGAUCAAUGAGCCUGAAGAAGCAGCCAAAGCAGUAUGCCAUCUGAGUUGGGCUAAUUUGGACACAUUUGUGUGCAACAUUUUAACAACUUUUUUUUGUAUGAUAUACUAUGAAUAAUGUACUGUAGGUUUUUCAAAUUACUAAGCUGUAUCCAAAUGCUUGAUAAGUAUCAUUGCCAGACACACAUGCUCCGUGUUGCAGUGUGAGGCAUUUGUUUUAUUGCAUCCUAUGCAUUGGGUAUCGGAUGAUAUGUGAAAGUGGUUUGAAAGCCUUUAUCCAUACUGACACCCCUCAGUUUGGUUCAAAGAUGUCUUUACUUGCACAGUGUGCAUUUUGUACCAUGUCGUAGCCUGCAUUUAUGCCGAGAGCUAUGCUGCUUAAGAAUUUCUAUAGGUUUUAAUUAAUUAAAAACUCCAUUUUGCAUUGCUGGAUAAUUUUGGGAGUUAAUGUGUCCUAUGCUGUGUGCUUUCUUUAUAUGUUGAACUUUUGCAAAAAUGUGAUUGAAUGAUUGUUUCAGCUCUUUCUACUUGUUUUUUUUAUAUCCAUAAAUUUUAUUAUGUGUAUGACCAA